AUGUUUUUUGCAUUUCAAUCAUCAGCAUCAUCUUCAUCGUUAAUUGAUCAAUAUCGUUAUUUAAUUAGUUAUUCAAUUUUAAACAAAUAUAAAUAUUUGAAAAAAAUCAUGAAUAAACAACAGUCAACAACAAAUCUUUCUAAAAGUCAAGAACUCGUGUUAUGUGAUUCAUUUAUUGAAAAAUUAAGAACUUUUAUUCAAUGGUUUUGUACAUAUUUAUGGGCAAUUUAUUUUAUGCUUGUUAUUAUACUUGUCUAUCUACUGAGAGGACCAUUAAAAAUUACACAAUCAUUUACAACAGCUACGAUGUUUUUUAAUACAUUAACUCCAAAAUUUUAUGUUGCAUUAACUGGCACAUCAUCAUUAAUAUCGGGACUGAUUUUGAUAUUUGAAUGGUGGUAUUUCAAAAAGUAUGGCACAUCGUUCAUUGAACAAGUAUCCAUAAAUCAUUUAACUCCAAUUCUAAAUCCAAGUGAAACUAGUACAGAACAAGAUACAAAUAAUUUACCUGUGACAGAAUGUAAAGUAUGGAAAAAUCCUAUGUCACUAUUUCGUGGUUCAGAAUAUCAACGUUUAUUGACAACAAAUGGAAAAGAACCAUUAACAUUUCAUGAUAUGAAUUUAUCAGCACAAGAACAUCAGACAUUUUUUUCAUGUGAAAUAGAUGAAGGAAAACAAGAAUAUGAACUUAUGCAAAGAGCAUGGAGAGAGCGAACACCAGCAACCAGAAUUCAAUUAGCACACGAGGCAAUAGAAAAAAAUGCAGAAUGUACGCCAGCAUUAAUAUUACUCGCAGAAGAAGAAGCUACAACAAUUAUUGAAGUUGAACGUUUACUGCGGCAAGCGUUAAAAUGUUCAGAAAAUGCUUAUAGAAAAAGUCAACAGCUAUUAGAACAGGGACAUAAUCAAGAAGUUGUACAUAAACGAAACACAAAUAUUUUGAUUUAUGUCAAACGUCGUCUUGGUAUGUGUGCACGAAAAUUAGGAAAAUUAAGAGAGGCAACAAAAAUUUUCAGAGAUUUAGUAAAAGAAUUUCCAAUGAUGAGUGUAUUUAAUAUUCAUGAAAAUUUAAUUGAAGUUCUACUUAUGAUGCAAUCUUAUGCCGAUGUACAAGCAGUAUUAGCCAAAUAUGAUGAUAUUAGUUUACCAAAAUCAGCCACAAUAUGUUAUACGGCUGCUUUAUUGAAAGCGAGAGCCGUUGCGAGCACAUUUUCUCCGGAUAUAGCCAGUAAACGUGGUUUAAGUUCAGCAGAAAUGUCAGCAGUCGAAGCCAUUCAUAGAGCCGUUGAAUUUAAUCCACAUGUACCAAAAUAUCUAUUAGAAAUGAAAAGUCUAAUAUUGCCACCUGAACAUAUUCUAAAACGUGGCGAUAGUGAAGCGAUAGCCUACGCAUUUUUUCAUUUACCACAUUGGAGAAGAGUUGAUGGGGCAUUAAAUUUACUUCAUUGUACUUGGGAAGGAACAUUCCGUAUGAUUCCAUAUCCAUUAGAAAAAGGACAUUUAUUUCAUCCAUAUCCAACUUGUACAGAAGCAGCGGAUAGAGAACUAUUGCCAACAUUUCACGAUGUCUCUGUAUUUCCCAAAAAAGAAUUGCCAUUUUUUAUAUUAUUCACAGCUGGUCUUUGUUCCAGUACAGCCAUGUUAGCUUUAUUAACUCAUCAAUAUCCAGAAGUUGCUGCUUAUGUGGCUAAAUUAUUUUUACAGUGGUUUUCCGUGCCAAUUAGUUAUUUGACAGAUAAAAUUGAAGCGAUUUUACCUUCAAAUUUAUUUCAACAAUUAGCAAAAAUCUAA